AUGUCAACGGAGCCUCCGCCUUUUCAAGAAGCAGCUCGCUGUGACGUCUGCAAAUGCAGCUUCAACGCUUUCCGUCGCCGCGACGUUAUGCCACGAACAUUCAUCAAAUCAAAUGAGGGAGUUGAUUCUGUAACAGAUAAACUUUCCAGAUUGGACAUUGAUGCAGAAAAACAUCCAAAACCAGAUCCAACUACGCAACACCAAUCUGCCACAGGUGUUAUAGAGUGCAAGUGUGGGAUGCCUUUAUGCAUCUGUGAAGCACCAGAAACAAAAACAGAUCCAGUUCCCAUGCAGACGAAACCUUCUUCCACAUUCACAUCCCAAUCGAAUCCAAAACCAAAGAAAACAGAUGCUACUCCCAAGAACAGAGGUUCCACUUCAAGCAGCAAGCCUAGUUCGGUUUUCAAUCAUGGCCAGAUGACAAAUGGUGGUGUUGAUAAACCUCAGAUGGAUUAUGAUGUCAAUGGAGAGGGUUUAAGGGAAGCCAUAAAGAAUGGUGAUACUGUUGCAGUCAGGAAGCUUUUGAGCGAGGGGGUGGAUGCAAAUUAUCGUGAUAAGCAAGGGAUGUCUUUGCUACAUCUGGCUGCACUAUUUAAUCGCACUGAUAUAGCUUUCAUCCUCAUGGACUCUGGAGCAAGUGUGAACUAUGAGAAUGCGCAAGGGGAAACUCCAUUGGACUGUGCUCCUGCAACUUUGCAGUACAAGAUGAAGCAGAAAAUAGAAGAAAGUGGACAGCAGGGCCCACAUACAAGGUUUCUUCAUUUUCAAUUUUGUUGCUUAACUACUACACUGUUUGCAUCAAUUGAUAUAAUGGGUUUCUUUGUAGAAGAGUCAGGGUUAAUAGUAAGCCAUCUUCUCUACAAGGCAGCUCUUGUUUUAGCAGUCUUGAGAUGGGCUUUGGCUUGGGCUCUGAGAUUUAAAAACAGAACCCAUUUACCCUCAUCCAGCGAUGAUUCUCUACAGCAAUCUCAUCCUGUUCCUUGUUCGCAGCAAAUUAGGGACGGUCUGAUUUUGACCACUUUUAGUGACGUCGUGGAGAGGGUGGCGGGAGUUUGUGACACGUGUGCUGUCUGCUUGAGCCAGUUGAGGGAUCAAGAUGAGGUCAGAGAGUUGAGGAAUUGCUGCCACGUGUUCCAUAAGGAGUGCAUUGAUAGAUGGGUAGAUCAUGAUCAUGAGCAGGACGAGAAUCACAAUACUUGCCCGCUGUGCAGGGCACCUUUGCUGACAAGUUCACAAAGUCUGGCUUGGACCAGGACUGAGCCUAGUUGGGCUGUUGAGAGAAUUCUCUACCUCUUUGGGGAUGAUCUGAUGAUGUGA